GUCGCGUUCACCUCGGCCGAGUUGGCGCGCGUAACUUAGCGCUCGCGUUGCAUUGCAUCCGUGCUUACUGAAUACGUGCCUUCCUUUGCCUUAUUUAAAAAAAAAGUUACAAGCUAACAAAAGCCUUACAAAACGAAUGAUAGGUACAAAACUUGUAAGAAUUGACAUCAGUGGAAAAACGCAACGAUAAUAAACUAAAAAAGAAAAGAAAAAAACGCGACAAAAAAUUGACUGUAAACAAAUAAUUAAUAAUCUGUGGUAAAUAAAAAAAAGUUGUGAUUCAAAAUGGAACUGCUACACAGACUGUCAAGUGCGUGAUAAUGAAAAGCGAGGUAGAGGGAACAAAAGUUUUAAAAUUCCAAGUUCAAAGAUGGACCUGACGACGAGACGGGGGGAAGAUGGGACCGGGGAGGUUGUGAAUGGAACGGAACAGUGCCGUGAACUGAAUGGAACCGGAAGUGAUGUAACGGGGGUGGUAGAAGUAUCGAGGAAGACUAGUUCGUUCAGUAUUAGGAACCUUGUAGGCGCUGAGGACUGCGAUCGGCCUGCCGACGGGAAUGCAAAUCCGAGCGAGGAUUACUUCCACCAAGACACAUACCAAAAGUACACCAGCAUGGGGUUAUCAGAGCUACCAAAAGACGAUUCCCCGAGAACAACUCCUGAGCUAUCCCGAGCUGACCAGUCACCUGCUUCGGAGAGGCCGCUGCCAGGCUCUGCAGACAGCGACGAUGCUGAUGACUUCGCUCCUAAGAGGAAGCAGAGGCGGUACAGGACUACAUUCACGAGCUUCCAGCUAGAAGAACUAGAGAAGGCUUUUUCUAGGACACAUUACCCUGAUGUAUUUACUAGAGAGGAGCUCGCAAUGAAGAUCGGUCUAACAGAAGCGAGAAUACAGGUUUGGUUCCAAAACCGUCGGGCAAAAUGGCGUAAGCAGGAGAAGGUGGGCCCGCAAGCUCACCCCUACAACCCCUACCUGGGAGGGGCUGGAGCUCCCCCGCCGUCCGUCGUCGCGUCCAUGCCGAACCCCUUCACUCAACUUGGCUUCGGCUUCAGGAAGCCGUUUGACGCAAACACUUUGGCUUCGUUCAGAUACGGCAAUUCACCGGUACUGAGCACUCAAUACCUCGGCGCUCCACUCUCCAGACCGCCUCUAUUCACAACCCCACUAUACUCCACGACACCUCCCUUCCACUCCCUUCUAGCUGGUCUCGCGGCACCCCCUCGUCAGUCCCCCGACCCCCCUUCAGUCUCUCCUCCAAUAUCCCCAGGAAGUGAAUCCCCCCCGAGUCAGCAAGGGCCGGAGGUAGAGCGACGAAGUUCUAGCAUCGCAGCAUUGAGACUAGCGGCAAGAGAACAUGAAAUACGGCUAGAAAUGUUGAGGCAAAGACAUCAUACGGACUUGAUUAGUUGAGCUUAGCCCGAGGUGAUAGCUUGGUCAAAGGUUUUUAUACAAUGAGUGAAGAUUGUACGAGCUUGGGAUAACGAACAGCAUUUUGGAUUAUGCUAAAUUCAUAUUAUCUUUGAAAAGAAAUAGAAAAGAAAAUCAAAAAGCUUUUAAGCCCAUGCAAAAUUAAAUUUUGAAAGAGGUUUUAUUUAUUUUAAUGCCCCGUUUACACGGUUGGUGUGCACUCGACCUAGUUGAUAUUAUUACGAUUUGAACGUAGCAUAAUUUAAAAUUUAUUUUAGUUAAAUUGUUACUGGCUGUGGCGAGAAUGUCGAUCGAAGACCUUAGAUUAAGGUGGGAAUAGGUACGAAAUAAAUUGCCUUUUGACUUCAAAAUUAAAUUAUACUUGUCAUAGUAGUCAUCUUAAUUAAUACUGAAUAAAAACAACACAUAACUUAACUUAUUAAGAAAUAAUUAUUCCGGAAUAGUUAAUUGAGUUAACUUUACUCGAUCUGUGACAUCGUUAAUGUUCUUUUGUAAUUGAUUGAAAUAUAGCUUCAUUUUUUCUUAGUCAGUAGCAGUUUUAGAACAAGCUGUUCAUCCACAAGAAUAUAUAAAGCUACGGCUUCACAAAAUAAUUGUAUACUUUAUGUACUUAUAUUGUACUAGAUAAUUAUUAAAGUAAUCGUAAAUAGUUAUAUGAUCCGUCCAGUUAUGACUUAUUGUUAUUUAUUGUAUUAAAGACACCUACCCAUAGAGUAUGUUUUAUGUCCUACUACAGAAAGAGAUAAUGUAAAUAAAAAAAAAGUUUUCAUUUGUAUAAAGAAAGCAUGAUUAAAUAUCAUCAAAGACAAUAAUUGUGUGGAAUAGAAGAAAAUAAAUUAAAUUUUAUAAUAAUGUAAUAUAGCGCUGCCACUAUAAAAGUACACUUGUUCUACAAAUACUCGUAAGUAGGUACCUACAUAAUAUUUAUUCCGAUAAUAUAGGCCACGACAUUUGAAACUACAAAAGUUUUUCUGUCUGACACAGUGGUCAAGUUGUGCUGACGCGCAACAUUUCAGUUUAUUAUUUUAUUUAUUUGUAGAGGAGUGUACUUGCAUGGUGUGAACGCGGCAUAUCCAAAUAAAUUAUAAAAUCAUUACUUAGUAGUUUUUAUAGAAAGUUUCGGGAAUUCAAUAAUAAAAAUUUAAUGCAAACUUUAUGAUAUUUACUUUGUUGAUAACACCAAAGAAAUACAUUCCGAGAAGCUUGAUACCAGAAUGUUUUUAACCUAUAAAUAUUCCUGUACAAAAAGGGUGAUUUUAAAGUAAAAUCAUUAUAAGGGUUCCAUGAAAUAAAAGGUUUUUUUAAC